CGUGUAUCUAAGGUCUUAUCUGUGAAGUGAGAGUCAAGUGUGACUUUUUAUAGUUUUACUAAGGUCAGUAAUUUAACAGUACAGAGACAAAUAUGAAACGGUUAAUGCUUGUAAUUUUAAAGAUAUUGCAUUUAUAUGUGUGGCAAUCAAGAGCUGAACUAUCCCUGGCGUCAUACUAUGGAGACCAUAUGGUGCUUCAGAAAGCUCCAAAAUCAAGCCAGAUUUGGGGAUAUGCAGACAAAGUUGGUGACACGGUAACAGUGCACCUAGGAAGUCAUACACCAGCGGUCAGUACAACAGUCUAUAUGGAUAAAGCCAUUGGCCGGCCAGUUUGGAUAGUAAUGCUUCCUCCACAGAAUGCCGCAGGACCCGAAAAUAUAACAAUAUCAUCAAGCGAGGGAAGAUUGACUAUUACGGAUGUGAUGUUUGGUGAUGUGUGGUUGUGUUCCGGACAAAGUAAUAUGCAGUUUACACUCAGCAUGGUAUUCAAUGCCAGUCAAGAGAUUGCUGAUGCCGUUAACUAUCCUGAUAUACGGCUCUUCACUGCAGCUCAAAAAUGGUCGAAUAAAACUGAGUACGAAUUGCUGCAAGUUGAACAAUACUGGAGCCGACCAAAUAAAGAUUCCGUUGGUCACUCUGACUGGAGUUAUUUUUCUGCUGUUUGCUGGUUAUUUGGAAAAUACCUGUACCAAAAAUUAAAGUACCCCAUCGGACUGAUUUCUACAGACUGGGGUGGUACUCCGGUCGAAGCUUGGUCUUCCCGUGAUGCAAUGGACACGUGCAAUGGCUUAUUAGGGUAUGAUCCUCCACAUGUGCAUGCGGCUCCUCAGAAUACACCAACACAGUUAUGGAACUCAAUGAUUCAUCCGUUCCUAAAUCUAACCAUCUAUGGCGCAAUAUGGUAUCAAGGUGAGGCAAAUGCAGGUGCUCCUGACUCAUAUAAAUGCCGAUUUCCCGCCAUGAUAGACGACUGGAGACAAAAAUUCCACGAAGGUUCACGUGGGCAAACUGACGACAUGUUUCCAUUUGGAUUUGUUCAGUUAGCGCCUUGGCGAAAUGAUUCCACUAUUGAGAAAGGGUUUCCGGAUAUCCGGUGGCACCAAACUGCAGAUUUUGGAUAUGUGCCAAACUACCGGAUGCCAAAAACUUUCAUGGCGGUAGCCGUUGACCUGCCAGAUUUCACAUCGCCAUACAAUAGCAUCCACCCACGUGAUAAGCAAGAUGUUGCAUCUCGCCUUGUUCUCUCCGCCCUACCAGUUGCUUACAACAUCAAGUCGAUGGGGAAAUACCAGGGUCCAAGGAUAUCGGCUUACUUUAUAGACAUAGGUUAUCAUACCUUGACUCUGGCAUUAGACAAUGGGACUACACCUAUAACAGUCAGGUCCAAAAACGGUUUUGAGGUAUGUUGCUCAAGAAAUAACCAGUCAAGAUGUGAUGGCACGGAUUCAAAGUGGAUUGAUGCGCCAAUAAUAGCUUCCGGUACCAAUAAUGUUACGGUGUCAUCUUGCAAUGGCGAGUGGACAAUGGGAAUUCGAUACCUUUGGAGGGAAUCACCCUGUACAACCGUUAAAAUGUGUCCAGUGUAUACUGUGGAAAAUGAACUUCCUAUGGCACCGUUUAUAACGGUCGGCUUGAUAGGCGAUAAGACUAAUACUUAUUAUUGACUAAUGUCAAACGAAAAAUUGUCUUCAAUUGAAUAAAAACCUAAUAUGUAUA